CCAUGCAAUGCGACCCCCACUGCGCUGAGUACCAAGCUUGCACGCCCGCCUGUGCCGUCGAGACCUGUGAUAAUUUCCUCGACCAGGGCAUGGCCGAACGCAUGUGCAAUCAGGAGAACUGCCUUGAAGGCUGCUUUAUUAAGCCCUGCGAAGAGGACAAGAUCUAUCUCAACGACACCUACAAAGAGUGUGUACCGAAGGCUGAUUGCAAGCCAGUGUGCAUGUUGCGCGACGGCAAGACCUACUAUGAAGGUGAUGUCACAUAUGCAGAUGCUUGCGCUACGUGUCGCUGCUCUAAGAAAAAAGAAGUAUGCAGCGGCGUGAAGUGUAGGGAGCCAACGACGACGGAGCGGCCAGUCAAUUUGGUGGUCGAUAGCACCACACAGCAUCCAAUGGGCACCGAUACACAACCGAAGUGUGUGCGCGGUUGGACACGCUGGUUCGAUAAGGACGCCGAUACAUCAGGCAAGCUUAUACAUCUAAACGAUGAGGAAAAGCUGCCACGCUACGAUCGCAUGGAGAGCAUUUAUGGCACGUGUCAGAAGAAGUAUAUGAAAGAAGUUGAAUGUCGCGUAGUGGAUACUCACGAAUCGCCCGACUAUAUGGAUGAGAAUGUGCGCUGCGAUCUGCAGGAGGGGCUUGUUUGCCAAGGAAAAUGUCACGAUUAUGAAAUACGCGUCUUCUGUCAGUGCGAUGAGGAGCCGGUGACGCCACCAACGCCAACUGAGCGUCCACAAAUCGGACAGCCAUGCGAUUCGAUGAUUGCGGAAUACAAGGAAUAUCCAGGAGACUGUCAUAAAUUCCUGCACUGUCAGCCAACUAAUGACGGCAGUGGUUGGACGUACGUGGAGAAGACGUGCGGUGAAUACAUGAUGUUCAAUCCAACUGUGUAUGUAUGUGAUCACAUAGCGACCGUGCAGCAGAUCAAACCAAGCUGUGGAAAGCCAAUACCUGGCGCGGAGGUCGAAGUGCCAAGCGAAUGCGCCGAGGGACAGGUGAUGGUCGAGUGUGCCAAUCAGUGUGAAUUCACUUGCGACUUCUACGGUUCGGUUCUGCGCAAGCGUGGUCUUUGCAAGAAGGGCGAACACUGCAAACCUGGCUGUGUAGAUAAGCAGCGACCGGAUUGCUGGUCGCUGGGUAAGUACUGGCGGGAUGAGGUAACUUGCGUGGAAAUGGACGAGUGUCCGUGUAUGGAUAAAUCGGAGAAGUACGUGCAGCCACAUAUGCCGGUCUUCGGCGAAGAUGAGGUCUGUCAGUGCAUAGACAAUGCAUACACUUGUGUGCCUAAUAAACUGCCUGAGACGACCAAGCUGCCCUACUUCCUGAGCACUACACCUACCACAAAAGAACACGAGCCAGAGUUGCUGCCACCCACGCUUGCGCCACAUUUGGAGUGCGAGCCGGAACGUUUCAAACCUCUGAUACAAGGCGACGAACCACUGCUUGACAGCGCCUUCAAUGCCAGUUCCAGCCUCAACCCCUAUAGUACACCUUUUAUGGCACGAAUUCCUCAAAACCUGAAGAGCAGCAUCGGUAGCUGGUCGCCGGGCAUAGAUGACCAGAUGCAGUACUUGCAGAUAAGCUUCCCCGAACCUGAGCCAGUAUUUGGCGUCAUCAUGGCCGGUAGUCCGGAUUUCGAUAACUACGUCACGCUUUUCAAGAUACUCUACAGCCACGACGGCGAGUCCUAUCACUAUGUGGUGGAUGAGUCCGAUACACCGCAGAAGUUCAACGGUCCACUCGACUCACGUACGCCGCAACAGACGUUCUUCAACAUACCCGUCGAAGCCAAGUCCUUACGCAUCUACCCACUGAAAUGGCAUGGCCGUAUUGCUAUGCGGGUUGAGCUGCUUGGUUGCGGCGAACCAGGUACAACUACCACACCGGCAACCACAACUGAGUCCAAAUUCGAAAAGCUCAUUUUGACGACUACACCGCAACCGGUUAUCUGGCAGGGUGAAGGCAAGUGUGUGGAUCACAUGGGUGUUGACAACGGUCAAAUGCAUCCGAAGCAGGUGAAGGCCAGCAGCAUCUGGACACUGCCACAACCGGCCAAGAAGCCACGAUUGAUAGAUCUGCUCAAGCUCUCCUCCCCUGUAGGCUGGCGACCUGUGGCCAACUCACCAAACGAAUAUGUGCAGUUCGACUUCUUGGCGCCCCGCAAUAUCUCUGGUUUCAUCACGAAAGGUGGUCCAGAUGGCUGGGUUACCAGCUUCAAGGUGAUGUUCUCCAAGAAUAAAUUGAUUUGGAACAAGGUGCUCUUCUUCGACGGUCAACCAGAACAAUUUCGCGGAAAUUAUGAUUCAAAUAGCGAGGUGAUGAACACUUUCCGCUCGCCUAUACUGACGCAGUAUUUCAAGAUUGUGCCUUCCAAUUGGGAGAAGAAUAUAAAUAUGCGCAUAGAGCCUGUAGGAUGUUUCGAGACUUACUUGGAAGUUAAGGAGGAGGAACCCGAGGUUGAAAGCGAGCUGCCGAAAUGCCACGCCUGCGAUGGCGUUCAAGGCGCUACAAGACCAGAUGGUGUUUGUAAAUGCAAGAACGGUUUAUUCUGGGAUGGUCAGAACUGUGUGCAAAGUAAUCUGUGUCCCUGCGUUGAAGAAUAUAGCACUUACCCCAUCGGCACCAAGUACGAGAAUAAGCAGUGCGAGGAGUGUGUUUGCGUUUUGGGUGGCCAUUCUAACUGCAAGCCCAAAAAGUGUCCGCCAUGCGUGGAGACUAACUUACGCUCCUUGGUCACGCCAGAUUGCUUCUGCAAAUGUGAACCUUGUCCAAAAUAUCAGCGCAUCUGUCCGUCAAGUGGUGACUGCAUACCCGAGCUGUUAUGGUGUAAUGGCGUGCAAGAUUGCGCGGAUGAUGAGGAUGAUUCUUGUGAGAAGAAGUUUGAAGUGACGCCGCAACCAAUUGUUAAUAAGAAUGAAACCGUCAUCAUCAAGUGCCCAGAACCCGAAUGUCCACCUAAUAUGAAGAUUAAGGUUUUUGAGAAGAAACAGCGUAAAAUGUCGCAGAUGUUCGCCAAGUCUUUCACCGACAUGGAAGCCAUGGGCAGCAAUAUGUUCAAAGUGACUAAGACCAAAGUGUUGGUAAGCGAAACUGAAGAAUUCCUUAUGAUGCCAACAGAAGAAGUAGCCGGCGUGGAGGAGGAAGAGUGUGCCGAAUUCACUUGUGUGCCAAUACCCACAAAAGUGGUGCAGAAGAAUGAAACGGUUGUUUGUAUGGAGCCUAAGUGCCCAGAGAACUAUGAAAUAGAAUUGGAUAUGUCCAAUGCUAAGCCGGGACAAUGCAGCAAGUAUGCAUGCGUACUGAAGCCCACCAAAGAUGAUGUGUGUGAAAUAAGUGGCAAAUUCUUCACAACCUUUGAUGGAACUGAGUUCAAAUAUGACACUUGUAGCCAUAUACUUGCGCGGGAUAUCAAGAAUUCCAAUUGGGUGAUAACUGUCCACCUCCUCUGCGAAGAUGAAUCACGCAAGGUUUGCCAUAAAAUGGUCACCAUUAAGGACAUCGAAUCAGCGGCCAUACUAACGAUUAUGCCUAAUAUGAAAUUGAAUUUCAAUGGCUUCGACUACACCGUGUCGCAGCUUAUGAAUUCACCCGUCUGCAAGGCGGCCUUUGUUAUCUCUCAGCCGGGCAGCACUGUGUUGGUGGUUUCGCGCAAACAUGGCUAUUGGUUACUUUACGAUGACAUCGGUUACAUCAAGAUUGGCAUUUCGUCCAAGUAUUUACGCACCGUUGAUGGUCUGUGUGGCUACUAUGAUGGCAUAGCAAACAAUGACAAACGCACACCAGAUGGCAGUCUAAUGCAGAACACAGUGAAGUUUGGCGACAGCUGGUUCGACAAAAAGAUACCGAAGGAAAUGUGCUACCCACAAGCGUGUCCAUUUGAGUUGCAGAAGAAGGCACUAGCGCUAUGCAAUGCCAUUAAGCAUCCGGUGUUCGUUAAGUGCAACAAAGCGGUCAACUACAAACAAUUCGUCAGCAAAUGCAUGGAGACCACUUGUGAGUGCCUGCGGGCACAUCCGGGCGAGGACAACACUUGCAAAUGCAAUGCACUGCAGGACUUUGUUGCCAAGUGUUUGACAAUUAAUCCCAAUAUACAAUUGAAUUUGUGGCGUGCGGUGCAACAGUGUG